AUGAGUCUUAAACAAGCCUGCAUCUUUCUCAGAGGAGGAACCAGAAGACAUACAAGAGCACUCACACAGGAUGAGAUUGAAGAGCUGCGUGAAGCUUUUGUAGAGUUUGAUAAAGACAAGGAUGGUUUCAUAACCUGUAAAGACCUGGGGAACCUGAUGAGGACCAUGGGUUACAUGCCAACUGAAAUGGAGCUUAUACAACUGAGCCAAACCAUCAACAUGAAUUUGGGCGGACGGGUGGACUUUGAAGAUUUUGUGGAACUAAUGACCCCCAAGCUUUUAGCUGAAACUGCAGGGAUGAUUGGGUUGAAGGAACUUAAAGAAGCAUUUAGAGAGUUUGAUAUAGAUGGUGAUGGUUCUAUCACAUCGGAUGAGCUGAGACAUGCCAUGAUCAAGUUAUUAGGAGAACAAACCAGCAAACAUGAAAUUGAAGAAGUGGUCAGAGAAGCUGACAACAAUGGAGAUGGAACAGUUGACUUUGAGGAGUUUGUGAAAAUGAUGUCGCAGAAAUGAGGACAACAGAAUGAAUGAAUGACUGUCAAUGAAGCAAAUGAAUUUUUUAUUUCCUUUUAUUUUCCUGUUAUUUUAGUGGCAUUUGCCUCGUACACAAUCAUGUGGAGUUCAUUACUUUCAAGUGAAGAAGUUUGUUUGUUUGUUUUGUUUUGUUUUGUUUUGUUUUGUUUUGUUUUGUUUUGUUUUGUUUUGUUUUGUUUUGUUUUGUUUUUGUUAAAAUUGACAGAUCAAAAUUGAAAAUUGUUAACAUUUGAAUGGUAGUUAAAGACAGCCACACCCUUAGGUGUUUGGAUAUUGCAUAAAAAGUACAUUUGAAAGAUUUGUUGUUAUUUAGUUUGCCCUAGAUCCCCAAGACCUGUCCCAAAGGGCAGUGACUGUACACAUUAUUGUCAUUUGUUCAAAGUGGAUUAAUAAAUAUUUCUAAUUAGAGGUAUUUGCAAUGUCUAGCUAAGAAUGUCUGCAGAAGUUAACAUAAAGAGGAUAAGCCUGUAAACAAAUGUGUGUCAUAAAGAUGACCUGGAUGUGCUGCACAAACUAAGCCACAUCUUGCAUGGGGUGUUAAGGUGCUUGCUCAUCUCCUGGGCACUGCUGAGGUACCCCUGAACAAGGUACCAAACUCUGUGUCAGCCCCAUAACUCUAGCAUCUGUCCCUCCAGUUCUAUGUCUCUGUGUGCAUGUUUGUAUUUCACAUGUUGUAUCAUUUUGUGUGUAAACUGUAAA